ACAUAUUUGUUUAAAACAGAAACAUAGAUGGUUCACUGGAUAAAAGAGCUGGUGUUUCUCUUGUUGAGCACCUCAACACAGGAAGGCUGAAGCUACUGAAGAACACUGACCACUGAAGAAGAAGAAGAAGAAGAAGAAGAAAAUCUAAUCCUGCAGAAGACGAUCAUCGUGAAGAUGAUGCUGACUGUGUCUCUACUUGUCUGUGCCAUGAUGGCUCUGACCGGCGCUGCUGUGGACAGUCACAUCAUCAAGCGCUCAACACCUUGUCCAGUUGGUUGGACCGCUUUCAAGGAUCGUUGUUUCAACUACAUUCCAACGCCCAUGUCUUGGCCUCAUGCUGAGAGAACCUGUCGGAAUCAGGGUGGACACCUUGCAUCAGUGCACAGCUUUGAGGAGCAGCAUGUGAUUCAGGCAAUGAGCCUGCGUCACACACAUUCCCAUCCACUCACUUGGCUUGGAGGCUACGAUAUAGCACGGAAUCGUACCUGGUUCUGGACUGAUGGUUCACCUUUUAACUUCUACUACUGGCAUGUCGGAGAGCCGAAUUAUUCUGCAGGGACAAGCUGUCUGUUGAUGAACUUCGGAGAUGUGAAGAAAUUUGACGAUGAUUCUUGCUCUAACAGAAGGCCAUUUGUCUGCGCCAAAAAUAUAUCAGAAGAAAUUUGACGAUGAUUCUUCCUCUAAGAGAAGGCCGUUUGUCUGCGCCAAAAAUCUGUGAGGAUGACAGAGAAACAUGCAGUACACGACUUCAGGAUUGUUGUCUUUUAUGCCAUUCACUCUUGAGAGUGUCCUGUUUUUUCUUGCCUUAUACACAAUUAAAACUUCCUAGGAUUUGUUUUGGGUAGACUGUUGUGGACUACCCUAUUUAAGGGCUAUAGCUGGUGUUGAGAGGACACCACAUGCUAUCACAUUCUCAUUGAUAUGUGGUUAGAAUGAAUUUCUCAGAAUUGCAAUGAAUUUAAAAUUCCACUUCCUGUAAUUCCAAUUCACAUUCAAUUCCAAAUCCUCUGGGGAUGGAGCCAAUUCAAAUUCAAUUCAAAUUCACUUCCUGAAUUGAAUUGAAUUCUGAAUUUUGUACAAGCCUGUUUCACUGGUAUAUCUUGUUGUUUAUCGUUUAUUGUUUAGUGUAUUUUUAUUGCAUUUAUGAAUAUUUUUACUGCAUGUUGGUUUAUUUUAUUCUAGUAUCUUAAUUUUAUUUUAUAAUCUUUCUAAUUAUCUUGUAUCUAACAUGGGGGUUGCAAUGCAAAUUUUAUUGACAUGU